UCGUAUCUCAACAAGAUUUUUGAACGGCGCUGCUUCAUCGCAAAAAAAACUGCAUCUUUCCAUCUUUAUUCUGCGCACUCAUCUCGCCCAGCAAUGCUAACGCAUCUCUCCCGGCGACUUCAACGAGCUAAUUGCUUACAUUUAGAAUUCCACAUCUCUAAUCGUAUGCGACAAUAUAGCGCCCAGCUGGGGCUCCGCCCAGCUCUUCACCGAAACUACUAUGAGACCUCCCAAUACCACCUCCACCAUAUAUAGAUGCAGAUACACAAUAGGGCUUCAUACUCUCACUCCCCAAGAAGCAGAGGUUUAGUUUUCUACCACAUCAAGUCAGCUUUGCAAGAACAAACCUUGGGUGCCAAGUAGCAGAGAUUUUUCCUUCAAGUCUUUACUCCUCAUACCAGGCAACAUAAUUUUCUUUUCAGAUUUUUUCCAUCUUAAUAUUAUUUGGGUUCAUGGAAGUCAUUCUCUUUCUAUUUGUGUUUACACUUCUUUUUUAUGUCUGUUUUUGUUGAACUACGAGUUCUACACUUGGCUAUAGGAUAGAAAGGUUAAGGGGCAUUAGGAUCUUAUAAGAAAUUGGACCAAAUAUGAGCAAAACACAAAGAAAAGGCAGAACUAGGAGCAGCCAUAUCUUAUUUCUCAAAAUAAAGCUUAUUAAGUUCUAAUGCCAGUAUAUUACUCAUUGGUUCUUCUCUACAUUGACUAACCUUCGUGAUUGUCGAGGCUAUCAAAAAAGUAAUACCCUAAAGUUUCACACUUUUAUAAGAAAAGAGCUAAUUUCUGAUUGACGAAUAAAUAGUGCUAAUGUGGCUGCCAGGAAACUCCCGUUUAAGAGACAUUGCCUUUCCUAUUCUUUUUAUCUCUUUUUUUUAGCAUAUUCUUUUCUUUGGUAGUAAAUAGAAUUAAGUUUGAUAUAACUAAAAGCCACUUUUUCAGAAGUCCAGGGUUGCAAUUCUAAUACACAAUCAGGGAGAAGGGUGGCAUCUAUGAUAUUGUGUUUGUGGGUGGGUCCACCCGGAUCCCAAAAGUUCAGGAAAUGUUACAAGAUCUCUUUCAUGGAAAGAAGUUCUGCAAUGGUAUAAACCCUGAUGAGGCUGUUUCCUAUGGAGCAGCUUUUCAUUAUCAUCUUUCAGUAGUGCCUCUUUGGGUGUGAAUAAGGAUGUUGUGCUGGUAGAUGUUGCUUCUUUAUCUUAUAGUUUAUUCAUUCUUGGUGAUGUAAUGUUUGUUGGGAUCCCAAGAAAUACUAUCAUUCCUACAUAAGAGCUAGAGAUGUUAUGUAACUCUGUUAUUAAAAAGAUGCAACAUGAGUAGGGAAGUAAAACAUGUGUCAAACCCGAGAUAAUUAAGAUAGAGGACUAGCAGGUGCUGAUGAAUCUUGAAACAUGGUUUUGUAAGGGAGUUUCUGAAAUGUUCUAAACCUUUAGGAUGGCAGAUUGCCUAUGCACUUUUAUAUGUUUACAAUUUGAUUAGCAGUGAUUGUAGUCUCAUUGCUCUGAUGCAGUAAACGUACAAGUGUUUAACUUGCUCUUUUGUUCCAACAAUUACUGAUUGCUAUGGUAUUGUUUAUAGUUUUUAUGUCUGGCGGCUCAAUUUUUAAAAGAUGGGGUACCGGGACACAUAGGCGGACCCACUAAGGGUCCCAUGGGGUCUCAGGACCCCGUGGACUUCGAAAAAAUUACUUAUAUACUCCCUCCGUCCCGAAAACAACUUCCCGGUUGGACUUUCACACACUUUUAGGAAAUAAAUUUGACUUUACUGUAGAAUGCACUGUUUUGCACUGUUUAAACACUGUUUGGCACUGUUUAAACACUGUUUGACACUGUUUAAACACUGUUUGGCACUGUUUAUCACUUUUUUGAUGUAGAUAAUUUGCCAAAUAAGGAAAGUAUUAAAGUGUGAAGUUAAUUUUGGGACAUCCAUUUAAGGAAAGUGGGAAGUUGUUUUCGGGACGGAGGGAGUAUUAUAUUAUAUUUUAUAUAAAAUUACUUAGGAAAUGUAUAUAUACCAAAUACAUGACUAAAGAAUUGCCACACAGGAGUAGCGCAGUGGGAUCGUGGGUGUGUUUUAGCCUUUCCAUUGCGUGGAGGUAUGGUGUUCGAUUCUCUCCUGGCUCUCCCUUUUUCAUUUUCCAUGUUUUUAUUGUUUCUCUUCAAAUUAACCAUUACGAACCCAUAUUUUAUUGUUUCUCUCCUGGUAUCGUUUUUUUGGACUAACUAUUAAACAUUCUUUCAAUGUUAAGAUUAAAUUAAUACAUUUACGUAUUUAUAAAUGUUAUUUUCAAUAUUGUAUGAUUUAGAAUGAAAAGAUAUUUCAAUGUUGUACCUAAAUUUAAAGAAAUGCGGAGUGUCGAGAGUAGUUCAAGUAUUAAUUCAAAUGAUUUACCAUUAGUAAAUGAAGAAUUGGAUCAAGUAAUUGUUGAAAGUGAAGCUAACUUGACUUAUAAUCUACCUGAAUAACAUGUUGAUUUUGAAUCUUUGGAAGCUGAUCCCGUAUUGAGAAUAAAAAUUGCUGAUUUUCAUCCUAAUGUUCAACACAAGGUAUGCCGUAGUUAUCUUCAAAAAGAACUGUUUCAACCUUUGGAUCUUGAUAUCCCCUUUAAGGUAAUUGGUGGCAAAAAAACGUAUAUUCGUCUCAAGUUGGCUUGAUGAGCAUAAAUGUUUCUUUAAUAUAUUUUUUAUUAGCUUUAUAUUCAUUAGAGAAGGACCCCAUGCCUCUGACUUUUUGGAUCCGCCCCUGGCAGGACAGCUGGUGCUGGAAUCAAAUCAGUGUAGUAUAAUACUAUAAUAUACUCCGUAUUACUACAAGUUGCAAUUAUUAGUCAUAUAAUUUGACACUUCCCUUUCAAGAAUAUUAAAUGAAGAACAUUAAAUGAAAAUGUCUAGACACUAAAAUGUCAUUAUUAACUUUUUCUCAAUCUUUCGGUGCAAUGGACAUCUCUGAUCAAUUUCAUGCUUAAGUCACUAGAUACUUAUACUCCCCCCAUCCCGUUGGAAUGUUCCCGUUCGGUUUACGAUGCUUGACUGACGAUAAAUCAACUCGAUCCCUGUUCACACUCCGCUUAUUUUUAGUAAAAUUUACAUAUUCAGAAACUACAUUAAAACCGCUACAAAGUCUGAUAAAAAAAAGUUCAAUUUGAUAAAAAUUUGAUAUAUAAAGUAAAAGAUUAGGAGUGACCUAAGUUGACCAAUGAAUAGUGAACAGGAACAUUCCAACGGGACAGAGGGAGUAGUUUAUUGGGGCAUCUCUAAUCAAUUCCAUGCUUAAGUGACUAGAUACUUAUAGUUUAUUGGGAUAACUGGAAAAAUCUCUUUGCAAGAAGUUAUUGAGUUAAAAGUUUACAUAUCUUUGCAUUUGGUUAUUAUUUUGAAAUUUUAAUGUCUUAAGCAAUUAGAAAUAUGAUAAAUUGAAAAUGAUAAAAAAAUGUUGUAGUGUUCAUUUUCUCUCUCAUUAGCAUUUCUUUUAGGUAUAAGAUAAUCAAAACUAACAAUUGGACGGGGAAUUUUCUCUCUCUCAUAUGUAGUGUUUUUAGGUAUAAUAAUAAUAAUACGAAGUAAGAAGAUAGGCCGGCUAACAAUUGAGCAGAUAAACUUUCUCUCUCAUAUGUAGUUCUUUUACCGCUUUAAGUAUUGGAAUGUUUUUAUUUGGACUGUUUUCAAUACCAGAUCACACCAGACUAAAAUAAAUCAGAUCAGACCAGACUUUCAUAGUUAUAAAAUACAUAGAGACCAGACAUUUACCAGAGCAGAUCAGACCAAAUCAGAUCAGGCCAGACCAGACCAACAAAUUUCGGUCCAAUUAAAAACAUCUUUACUGCGGAGUAGAAGAUAAGCUUGCUAACAAUUUAGCAGAGGACUUUCUAUAAAUGUAGUUCUUUUAAGUACUACGUAUUAGAUAAUCAAACUAACAAUAUAAUUGAGCAGGAGAAUUUUCUCUAUCAUAUAUAGUGCUUUUAGGUAUAAGAUAAACAAGCUAACAAUUGAGCGGGAGAAUUUUCUCUCUUCUAUGUAGUGCUUUUAUUUUUCUCUCUUCUAUGUAGUGUUUUUAAGUAUUAUUAUUACUACGGAGUAGACGAUAAGCUUGCUAACAAUUGAGCCGCAAAACUUUAUCUCAUAUGUAGUUCUUUUAAGUAUAAGAUAAGAUAAGAUAAAGAUAAGCAGAUUAAUAAUUGAGCGGGAGAAUUAUUCUCUCAUAUGUAAUACUUUUCUCUAAUAAUUGAGUUGUAGAAUUUUUUCUCUCUCAUAUGUAGUUUUUCUAGGUAUUAGAAGAUAAGCUUGGUAAACAGGAAAUUGAGCGGGAUAUUUUUUUUCUCAUAUGCAAUGCUUUUAAGUAUUAGAAGAUAAAUUUGCUAACCAUUGAGCGUGAGAACUUUCUCUCUCAUAUGUAUUUCCUUUAAGUAUAAGAUAAACCAGCUUACAAUUGCACAAAAGAAUUUUGUCUCAUGUAUGUAGUGUUUUUAGUUAUAAGAUAAGUCACCUAACAAUUAAGCGAACAAGAUUUUUUUUAUCUCUCAUAUGUAUUGAUUUUAGGUAUAAGGAGAUAACAUUGCUAAUAAUUGAGCGGGAUAAUUUUUCUCUCAUAUGAGCUUAUACUUUAUGGUAUUAGCUCAUUGUACUCUUAUUUUUCGAAUGUAGAAUCCUAAAAACUUAUUUUUAUUUUAAUAUUUAAUUAGAUCAAAAAUAGAAAAUAUAUGCACCAACUGCUCUUUCUCGUGCGUAUGCACGGGUACUAUACUAGUAUUUAAUUAAACCAACCGACAGACCCGGAAGUCGCGAUAUGAGAUUCCUCAAAUUGCUCUUCUUCUCCCAUCGAUCGCUACCUCCUACAUUUAAACUAUACGGAGCAUUUGAACGCACACGCGAUUUACGUAGUAUAUUCCUAGGUUUGACUUGUCCAAUGAGAAUGCCUCAUAGAGCUAGGCCUAUGACAGGGCUCAUAUUCGUUGGACUAAAUGCUGCUUUGGUCACUGCCAUAGAGCCUGUGUAUGAUUUUGAAUGCUACUAUGUUCCUCCCAUACUGGGAAUGAAGAGUACGCUUCCAUUUCAUCUCCUCCUCUUUUUAUCUUCUUCUCCUCUCUUGUUUCCCGUGUUCUGCUUUUUUAUUUGUAUCAAUUAGAUUCUAAAUAAAAAAUUGAUUUUGAAAAUUCAGAUGAAGAGUUAGGUUGGACAAAUUUGAAAAAUGUCAUAUUUGAAAAAUGUCACUUUUAUGAUAGUACUAUGACAAUCUCAGUUUUCAUUUUUUACAUUUUGUCAUAUGAUGUCAAUUUUGUGACCCUGAAUGUAUAAACAUGUCAAACUUUACAAUCACACACUUCUAACAAAAACAAAAUUGUUUGUCACAAAAUGCAUAUAUGUUUCAUCUAAAAAUUACGACGUACAUGUUUACAAACAUGAAAAUGCAAUGUCAUAUUUCUGUAUAAAAUAUAAAUAUGCCAUUACUAGGUCAUUGUUCUUAUUAACAUGACAUUCUCGCUGGAAGUCGACAAGAUCAAUCGAAUGGGACAUCGGUUUCAUAACGAAACCUGGAGUUUUAUAUUGAAGGUUAAUCUUGUACGUGACUCAAUUGUCAAGCUACUACUCAUUUUACAUGAUAGUCCUAAUUUUACAUUUUAGUCUCAUUUAGAGAAUUUAGUCAUUUAAAUAACACAUAUCGUAUGAUCAUUUCCAAAAACCUUCCGUUCUAUAAUAAAGUGCACCUUUUUGAUAUUUUCUGUAAUUAUUUCCGGCAGAGAUCUACAUUAUCUGUCUCCAAUUUUAACAUUUAGUGGCAGCACAAGUAUUUCAGAUAAGGAGUAUAUUACUUUCUCGUAUAAUAAUGAUUAAACAUUACGGAAUUUUUUUACCAUAUGGUACGGAGGUAUUGAAUUGUAUUAAAAUUCUAGUCUAAUUAAUUAAUGAGAUAAUAGCCUUAAAUAGGACUAAAUUAAUCCCUACAUACACAAAUAGGACUAUAUUAUUU